UUCGAACACAGACAGAGAAGCCCUAAAACCUCCUAAACCCCACCCCCGUCUCGCCUCACUCUCUCUCUCUCUCUCUCUUACUGGGUUCGCUCGUCCCCUCCGUCCAAUGGCUUCAGUGGCUCUGAGAAACCCUCAUUCGAAGCGGUUUGCAACACUAUCCUCUCAAAUCUACCAAUCUUGUCGGGGAUCCAUAUCCGCACCUUUCUCCAUCUCAGAGUCUCUCUCUGGAAAUGAUAAGCCUUCCCUUCCCAAUCCCUGGUCGAGAUCCAUGGCCACCUUCACUAGAACAAAGCCUCACGUAAAUGUGGGAACGAUUGGGCAUGUUGAUCACGGAAAGACUACUCUGACUGCUGCAAUUACAAGGGUGCUAUCAGAAGAAGGCAAAGCUAAGGCUGUUGCCUUUGAUGAAAUUGACAAGGCCCCUGAAGAGAAAAAGAGAGGAAUCACAAUCGCAACAGCCCAUGUAGAGUAUGAGACUGCUAAGCGGCAUUAUGCGCAUGUAGAUUGCCCUGGUCAUGCAGAUUAUGUCAAGAACAUGAUUACUGGAGCUGCCCAAAUGGAUGGGGGUAUUCUUGUUGUCUCUGCUCCUGAUGGGCCAAUGCCACAGACAAAAGAGCAUAUUCUUCUUGCACGACAGGUUGGUGUGCCUUCACUUGUGUGCUUUUUGAAUAAAGUUGAUGCUGUUGACGAUCCUGAGUUACUAGAGCUUGUGGAAAUGGAGCUCCGUGAGCUGCUUAGCUUUUACAAGUUUCCUGGGGAUGAAAUACCCAUCAUUCGAGGUUCAGCUUUAUCCGCUUUACAAGGUACUAAUGAAGAGAUAGGCAAGAAGGCCAUUUUGAAAUUAAUGGAUGCUGUAGAUGAAUACAUUCCUGACCCGGUACGCCAACUUGACAAGCCUUUCCUAAUGCCCAUCGAAGAUGUUUUCUCAAUUCAGGGACGUGGAACUGUUGCUACUGGUCGUGUUGAACAAGGGACUAUUAAAGUUGGAGAGGAUGUUGAGAUCUUAGGCUUGAUGCAGGGUGCUCCCCUGAAAUCUACAGUGACUGGCGUUGAAAUGUUCAAGAAAAUCUUGGAUUUUGGUCAAGCUGGCGACAAUGUGGGCCUUCUUCUACGUGGCUUAAAACGUGAAGAUAUACAGCGAGGACAGGUAAUUGCCAAGCCUGGGUCUGUGAAGACGUACAAGAGAUUCGAGGCAGAGAUUUAUGUCUUGACGAAAGAUGAAGGUGGUCGCCAUACUGCCUUUUUCUCAAACUACAGGCCUCAGUUUUACAUGAGAACUGCAGAUAUCACUGGUAAAGUGGAAUUGCCGGAAAAUGUUAAGAUGGUUAUGCCAGGGGAUAAUGUAACUGCCGUGUUUGAGCUCAUAUCGGCGGUUCCUCUUGAAGCAGGACAAAGAUUUGCCUUGCGAGAGGGAGGUAGGACAGUUGGUGCGGGGGUGGUUUCAAAAGUAAUUAGCUGAGGUGUACCGUUGCUGGAUUUUGCCUUUACUUUCUGCAUCUGCUGGUAUCUUAAAGAAUGUGAGAACAGAAGUCAAGGCUGUGCUGAAACUUAUUUAUACCAUGUAAUAAUUACUUUACAUGGGCGGCAUUGGAUCUGAGACCCGUUUUUGGCAUUCUUAAAGAAUUACCGAGUACUACGAAUUUGAUCCAAUAUAUUGACAAAGGAAACUCAUCUUCAGCAUUUCUUAGUGCAUGACUGGUGAACAUAGUUGCGAUCGCUUUUAUACUUUCGGGCAUUCUUAUGUCAUGUAUCAUUAAUAAUAAUACUCACGAUCAAGCAUGGAUUCUUGUGUAUGUUUCAGAACAGGGUAUUUGAUGUUAAUCGGAUUGAGUUUUUGCUGAGGAAUUUAUCACGUUAACUGGACAUUUGAGA